ACUGGCUCUUAUGUAGGCUGGCUGAGCCGAACAGCAGCAGAGCCCUCUGCUGUCACGACCCUCACGCGCCUCAGCAGCCCACGCUCACACAGAGAGACUCAUGGCGGUCCAGGUGUCUGAAUCCGACCAGAUCAAACAGUUUAAAGAGUUUCUGGGGACGUACAACAAAGUGACAGAGAACUGCUUCAUGGACUGCGUCAAAGAUUUCACCACCAGAGACGUGAAGCCAGAGGAGUCCAGCUGCUCCGAGUCCUGCCUGCAGAAGUAUCUGAAGAUGACUCAGAGGAUCUCCAUGCGUUUCCAGGAGUACCACAUCCAGCAAAACGAGGCUCUGGCUGCUAAAGCUGGACUUCUGGGUCAGCCUCGCUGAACCGGUCUCAGAACAUGAUCGGAGACAGACCGCUCCUGGUCUAGCAGGUCCAAGAUCACCAGAAUGAAGACUGAAGCUGAUCAUGUUGGGUUUCAGUUUGAAACUGAGCCAAUGCUUCAACCUGCACCAUCAGACCCGACAUUCUCACAGGAGGGUUCACUAACAAGAUAUUCUUCAGCUCCUGAAGCUCAGCAGGAACAUCAUCAUCAUCAUCAUUCUUCUGGACAGGGUCAAAACUGAACUGGAUCUCCUGCACAAGAACCUGUGAAGUAUCCUUUAACGUGGAAAUUUCUGGACUUUUUCAUUGAGAUAUUUUUUUGUUGUCGUUGUUUUUGUCUGUUUUGUGUCUUU